AUGGACAAAAAGAGUUUUACUCCAAAAUCACUUCAAAAGUCGAUCAAUUUUGCUUCUCGUGCUAGUGAAAGCAGUAAAACAUCUUCUCCUAUUCCUCACAAUGUUGGAAAUUCAAGGAUCAUUAAAGCUUUCAUAAAGACAUCCAAAUAUGGCUCGACUCAACAAACUCCAACCAGGGUGCUUACUUCCCCCUCCUUGCCAUCAACUUACCCGCAAACUUUCGUUGAUCCCAGGAAGACAGACAAUGCAACUCCAAAUAAUAUGAUGACCGCAAAAGUCUCAAUGGAAAAAAAGAGUUCAACUCCAAAAUCACUUCACAUGUCAAUCAAUUUUGCUUCUCGUGCUAAUGAAACCAAUAAAACAUCUUCUCCUCUUAUCCACAAUAUUGGAAAUUCAAGGAUCGUUAAAGCUUUUGAUAAGACAUCCAAAGACAGCUCAACUCAACAAACUCCAACCAGGGCAUCUGUGAAUGGGGUAUCAAAGCAUCCUUCAGUAACCCAUCUAGCAGAAUGUAGAAGGUCUAAAGCUCUUCUUGAUCAAUUUCUGGAAACAGAAUGCUGGGUGGGAAAUCACAUACCUUACCUAUGAAGGAAAAAAUGGCCUUAAGAAAAUGCAGCAGAAUGUUGGCCUCAAAUCUGAAUUGACUGCAAAUUUUCAACAUAAAAUGGAAUUGCCAAAUAAUCACAUGAUGAUCCCACCAACACGUCCUUCCUCAUGAAAACUCAGUAGGAGGCCAACUCGCAGCACAAUCCAGGAUUCUAGUUCUAGACCUCCUUGGAGGUCUUCAGGGAAGGCUGAUAGCUCCGAGCAUGGUGCAGAAAAGACUAACCAGAUCCCAACUCAUUUUGUCAAAUCACAAUUUAGAAAUAGUAUGCGUGAGAAUGCUUCCCCAAAUAUUCA